CCUAACUCGUUCAUGUCAUCAGCAUAAUCACUUGGGAGAGGUCCUGAAGCCGGGAGUUCUGGGUCCAAUCCUCUGAGGGGAGACGUAGGUUUGUAUAACUCUACUCAAACCUGAGGGGGAGUUCGGAGUGUUUGGUCAACGGCAGUGGUUCCUGGAAAAGAUCUGAAUCGUUUCAUAACCAAACCCAGCUGCGGUGUCCUGCUGCGGGCUGCAGUCUCUGUGAGCGUGCGUGCGUGCGUGUGCGUUUUCAUCUGAAUGAGGCAUGAACGCUGAGACCUGUGUCCCAUACGGCGACAUGACAUCCAUGGAUUCAUAUUAUAGCCCAUCUGCCGCUCAAGGUAGGGAUCACCAGACGGACCACUUUAGGACAUUUCCAGCUAGUGACACCAAAUACAGCCCCACCGCCUUCCAGUCCAGCAAAGGUCAGGCUUACGGAGAAAAGUCCCGGAGCCCCUUCCAGCAGGAGUGCUAUUCAUUGGAUGCCGCCGCAGCUGGGCAAGGCUCUUUCAGCAAAUACCACCUCUUCAUGCAGAGGUCCUCCUGCAAAACACCGCCCGCGGAGGACAAACUGCACCAGGAGAGAGGACACAACGGAGCGCUCCUCCUAUGCUAUGGUAAAGACAGCUCAGGCCUGACAGACUCUGAUUUGGCCCAGGACUCAGAUCCACCUGGAAUGGACUCCAGAUACCUGGUUGUGAAGGAUCAAGGUGUCAAGGCGGCCUCUGAAAGGUCACCGAGCAAUGACUUGGCGAGUCCGCUGGAAAAAGCUGAUGGUGGUGAAAGCAACAAGGGCAAAAAGAGACGCAACCGCACCACCUUCACCAGCUACCAGCUUGAGGAGCUGGAGAAGGUUUUCCAAAAGACGCACUAUCCUGAUGUUUACGCCCGGGAGCAGCUCGCUUUGAGGACCGACCUGACUGAAGCCCGAGUGCAGGUGUGGUUCCAGAACCGGAGAGCAAAGUGGAGAAAGAGGGAACGAUUUGGUCAGAUGCAGCAGGUCCGAACACACUUCUCAACUGCCUACGAGCUGCCUCUUCUAACGCGUCCUGAGAACUAUGCACAGAUCCAGAACCCUUCCUGGAUAGGCGGCAGCAGUGCAGCCUCUCCAGUCCCGGGCUGUGUUGUGCCCUGCGACACCAUGACCACCUGCAUGACCCCUCACCCACACUCUGCCAGCGGGGUCUCCGAUUUCCUGGGUAUUCCGAGCCCUGGGGGACAUGUUGGACAGCCUCACAUGGGCAGCCUGUUCGGAGGAUCUCCUGGCAUGGCUGGAGGCAUCAACACAUACGAUCUCAACAUAGAUCCCGACCGGAAAUCCUCCAGUAUUGCCGCUUUGCGUAUGAAAGCCAAAGAGCACAGUGCUGCCAUUUCUUGGGCAACAUGAUGUGAUAAUGUACACUGGAUUGGGGAUCUUACACAAAGCCAGCAAUGAGUUAGGGGCACUUAAUUCAAAACUCUGCAGGAAAAGUGACUACAUUUGCUGGCUGGCAAAGAUUUGUCAUGUUUCAGUGCCUCUCCUGGAGGAAAGCAUCACUGUGUGAAAGCAUCAUAGAGAUGCUGUGUAGUUCUAAAGAAAGACAAAAGAGGAGGCUUUCAAAGAAUCCCAUGCACUUAUUUGCCCAAGUUUAUUAACUGUUGUUUGUACAUCGCUUUCAGUGUAUGCCGUCUGUAGUUUGGUGCUGUUUUAUUUUUACUUUAUUUAAUUUCUUGUGUUUUUUUGCAAAGUAUUAUGUGUUUUUGCUUUUGGCGUUUACAGAUGGUUCAACAAAAAACUGAAAUUUAGUAUUAACCUUUUUAAGCCACAUGGUUUUUGUUUUGUCAGCAAUAUUUUUAGCAUUAACAAAUUUUUUUUUAAUCUGAAUUACUGAGGGGGGAAAAAGGAAAAAAGAAUUCUGAAAACCAUCUGGCACAUCCAUCACGUUAACUGUUAAAAUAAGCAACUCUGAGUCAGAGUUUAGGCAAAUCUGAAUUUAGAAGUGAUUCUGCUCCCUCACAUUUAAAGGUCAAGUGGAUGAAAUGUGAUUAGAUUGAGUACGAUCGAGACGGGAGAUCCACCUGCUGCACUGACUCGGCCUGCAAAGAGGAAGCGAUGGAGGUGCACAGCAGGCCUGCUGCUCUCUGGACAGGCCAGCCUCGGAGUGCCAGCCUCCAAACAGAUUCACCUGUUUCCAAAAAGGACAGUUUCUCUAAUAAGUGGAAUUAACUGUGCCCCCUGCUUUGCUCGUCUCACAAGCUUCAGAGAAGUAAAUUUCCACUACUCAAACUGCCAGGAAUAACACAGAAACAAGCAAUCAUCUCCUGAAAGAGAAGACUGGCGCAGAUUAUAAAGUGUGUUUCGACACUCGAAAGCCUUAAAAGGUUGUCAUUGUUUAACAGCCUUUUCUGGAUUUUUAACAAGAAUGUGUUUGGUUGUCAAAGCAGUUCAGCCAUUGAGAAGCAGCACAGCCGCAGCAGCACACAUGGUAUUGUUUUUUGUCUUUGUCUAGUUGUUCCAUUCAAAUUCUUUAAAGCAUCAAAGUCCCUGUUUGAAGUUUGUUGAUUGAAAAACAUAUUUACACAGAGGUGCCCAUGUGAUAAUACAACAGUAAUUAAUUAUAGUACAAUCUUCAAGUACAGUAUGGAAGAAGCCUAAAUGUUGUAAUGUCAUAAAAGAAACUGUCGGACAAUUGGGGAUCUGGUAGACCUUUAGUACAGGUUUACUGGUUAGGUCUUUAGAAAAUGAAGGAAGGUGAAACAGAUCAACAAAGUCCUAAAAAGAGAAGCACAUAAUCUAAAAUAUUUUCAUUGACAGAUUGGAAUAAAAGGAGAUCUUUGUAAAACAGUGUCUAAAGAUACUGAACAUGCAACAGGCUUGAAUAAAGUUGUGUUACCUUCAGUCAUUCUUAUUAUAUAUUUGCAUUGUCAAAUCUAUCUUUCUGACAAGGGGUGACCCAUUUCGCAAAACAGGCCCACAGCAUGAUACAACCUUUACCAUGUUUUUCUGUAGACUCCUUAUUGUAAUACUUAUCUAAGGAGUCCUCUCUAGUGCCAAUAAAAAUGACCUGGCAAUAUUCUGUCAUGAAACCUCAUUAUACUGAAAAAUCCAGGCUGAUUGUCUCAUGGCCAAUGACUGUUUAAAGGCUUGAUGUCUCCACCUUCAUGUCCAGCAAAACUGAAAACAAUAAGCCAAUUUCGAAAGAAAAAAAAAAAUGUUACCUUUGGAAAUGGUUAAAAGAUAUACAUUUUUGUUUAUUCUAAAGUAAAACGGUACAGUAAGACUUCAGUAAUUGAGCCUAAGACAAUUAAGUUAUUUUCUUUUUUAUUUCUUUUUUUUUUUGCCAUUGUUGAAAAGGAUUUUAAUUAAAUUCACCCUUUACCAUAAUAUUUAUGUGUAUUUUUUACAAGGGCGUCAAAAGUGAAUGACUUCAAUAGUCAUUCACUUUUGCACACUAGAACAACAGGAUGUCUGUGUUACUUUGUAGGAGCAGGAAAGAGAAUAAAUAGGUAAAAGCCAGCUGGAUCUAACCAAAUGUUUCAUAUCUCACUGGGGAUAUAUCUCAUACAUUUUAACAUUAAGGACUAUUCCCCCUCCGGCAAAAGCUUCCUCUAGUGACUACUCUAGACUUCAGUAUCAUGAGGUUGUACAUAUUUCCAGUGACUUAGUUCAAAGUUUUAUUUAGGCUUAAAGCAAAACAUAGGCUUUUAUUGUGUUGAAGUUAAUCUGAAACAUUGCACCAGAUCUAGAGGCAGAGGAUAUUCCUAAAGUGAACCAUAUUCACUCUGGUUUUUUCUGGUUGGUCAGAGCAGCAACAUGACCAUAACCCGUCAGUAGAGAUCACCCUAAAAGCAUCUACAUUAUCUAAAACACUGCAGUCCAAACACAAGGUAUAUGUGUGUAUAGAAGACAAAGUGUAUUCUCUCUGAGAUUGGGCGCCCUAAGUUGUAGCUGAGGGGCUGGACGGAGGGCAAGUUGUGAGGGCGUCUCUGUGCUCCGGUGUUCUGGGAAAAGGACAGUGCACACAGCUGCACUCGAGGGGGUAAAUGCAAAACAAACAUGCGUGACAUGCUUAUACCCUCAGCUGUCACGGCUCUGCUUUCAAAGGAUUCAACCCCUAUCACAACACAAUUCGCCACGCCUCUUCCUGGGCUCACUUCCACCAGCCCCAAAGCUGCAGCCCCUCAUCAGCUGUACGGUCCGAGGCCCGGCCAGAUCAGGCUCUUUAAUUAACACAGAGCCAUGUGGAGGCUGCAGACUACCGUAUUGUGUGUCAGGAUGGACAGGACCGCCUGUCUCUGGUUUAAUGAACACUGCAGAUCUGCACAGAGCAUGCACACAUACCAGCACUGAGUUGCUCAGGUUUACAGAACACAUACUCAGAGUUUUAGCUUUUUGUAAGACUUUAGGUUUUGUUUGUCUUUACUCGUAGGUCUGUUAAUGCAAGAAAGCUGCAUUAUUUCUGCCAUGAAUAACACCAUUUCUCAAUUUUCUGAUACUACUGAAGUCAAGCAAUCAGUAUAGGAGUAACUAUAUGAUGAAUAUAUGUGCUGAGGAAUUAGUCUACAUGCAGAAUGAUGUCAUAACUCUUGGAAAUGUUAGGAAAUUUAUGUUUAGUUGAUCAUUUGAGUCAGUUUAUCAAGUAUUUGAAUGUACUUUCAAGUACACUUUAAAUAUACUUUUUUCAGAAAAUAUGGUGUACAAUUGUAUUUUACAGAGAUUUGAACAGACUUUUCGGCUUAGGUUCUUUAAAAAAAAUUUUUUUGUUUUGUUUGUGGCUUUAAGCUGCCUUUUGAGUUACGAAAUCUGCUAUCGCUUGUGUUGUUUGACUGAUUAAAGUACUAUAAGUUAUUGAA